AUGAGUGCCAAAGUCGACAUGGACGUUCCAACCAAAGAGCCGGACCGUACGCCCUCCUCCUCGCCCCCCACCGACACCAUCCUCGUGUGCAGCAAAGAGGGGACGUCCAAGGGCCCCCUUCUUCCUCCCCCACCACCUCCUCCAGCUCCUUCUCCGUUGACCCAGACGACUACCACGGCUCUGCUCCUUCCAGCCGUGGUCCUACCCGGUCACCAAAAGCUGGAGGUGACGUCAGCCACAGUAGUGGCAGAGCCCGGGAAAGUGGGCGGGGUUAUAGAGGCGACCACACCCACAGCCCAGGUGGGCGGGGCCUGCAGCAUCGUCCACGUACUGGAGUGGAAGGAGGGAAUGACUCUUCUGCCCACCACUAACCUCAAGUUCUGUGUUGGCGAUGUGGGAACGCUGAGCGCGCUGAUCACCCCGGCGAUCGCCAGCAUCUCCCCCCAACCAGCCGCCGGGGCUUCUGGGAAGUCUGCCGCUGCGGAGGGAGCAGCAGCGGGGGUCCUGGUGGAGGUGGGGGUCCCGGCGGAGGUGGGGGUCCCGGCAGAGUCGGGGGUCCCGGUGGAGGCGGGGGUUCAGGCGGGACCGCGGCAGCAGAACCACGAACCGAGAGCGCAGCGGACCUACCCAGAGGAGCUGCGCAGGGAGCCAAUCACAGAGAAGCGGAUCAUCGGCGUGGAGAAGAUCCCGGCGGGCGGCCGCGUCCCCUCCCUCAACCCGGACCACCUGAAGCCCAUGAGGAAGAGGAAGAGGAAGGAGUACCUCAGCCCCUCGGAGGACGACUCGGACAUGGAGGCGGGGGAGGAGAAAGCAGACGACUGCAAGACGGACAGCCGGCACAUCAGAGGAGCGGGGGACAAUAAGACGGAGCAGUGGACCUGGAGCCAGUACCUGGAGGACUGCAGCGCCAUCGCAGCGCCCGACCUGCUCUUCCAGGAGGCCCAGCGAGUCCCGACGGUGAAGAGCAGCUUCAAACAGGGGAUGAAGCUGGAGGGCAUCGACCCUCAGCACCCAUCCAUGUACUUCGUCCUGACGGUGGCCGAGGUCUGUGGCUACCGGCUGCGGCUCCACUUCGACGGCUACUCCGACUGCCACGACUUCUGGGUCAACGCCAACUCGCCGGACGUGCACCAGGCGGGCUGGUGUGAGAGCACCGGGCACAAGCUGUACACGCCCAAAGGCUGUAAAGAGGAGGAGUUCACGUGGAACAACUACCUGAAGAUGACUAAAGCACAAGUGGCGCCCAAGGAGCUGUUUGCAACUCCAGGAAGAAUCGACAUGCCGGGCGGGUUCGAGGUGGGCAUGAAGCUGGAGGCCGUCGACCGCAUGAACCCCUCCCUCAUCUGCGUAGCAACCGUAACCGACGUGGUGGACGAGCGCUUCCUGGUUCACUUCGACAACUGGGACGACACCUACGACUACUGGUGUGAUGCCAGCAGCCCGUACAUUCAUCCGAUUGGCUGGUGCCAGGAGAGGAACCUCCCCCUCACUCCACCCCAAGAUUACCCCGAGCCCGACCGCUUCUCCUGGUCGCGGUAUCUGGACGAGACCGGUUCCACCGCGGUGGUCGCUGAAGCCUUCAACGUGCGGGGGGCUCAUGACUUCCAGGUUCAGAUGAAGCUGGAGGCGGUGGACAAGAGGAGCCCGGGGCUGAUCAGAGUGGCCACGGUGGAGGAGAUGGACACGCACCGCAUCAAGGUGCACUACGACGGCUGGAGCCACGUGUACGAUGAGUGGAUGGACUCGGACCACCCGGACAUCCACCCGGUGGGCUGGUGUGAGGCCACAGCCCACCCCCUCAAAGUACCGCCCAGCGACCCCAAAACACAGAGCUCCCACGGUCCAAAGGAGAUCCCUGCCAUUGGCCAGUCCAGUUUUCCCGCCUCUGCGCCGUGUAAACCAAUCAGCCACCCGAGAACCAACAAGUACAGCUUCCACCACCGGAAAUGUCCAACCCCAGGAUGCGACGGUUCCGGCCACGUGACUGGCCGCUUCACCGCCCAUCACUGCUUAUCCGGCUGCCCAUUGGCUGAACGCAACCAGGGACGACUUAAGGCGGACCUUUCAGACACAGAGUCCAAGAGAAACCUUUUCUUUGGCCAAAGGAACAAAAAGACCCACUACCGUGGCAGGAUUGGUCGUCCUCCAAAAUACAGGAAAAACCAGCAGAGAAGCUACCAGAACAUGACCUCGGAGGGCGUGUACCCGUCCCUGUUCAUGUCGGCGCUGACCGUGCAGUCGGACCGCGCCCUGUCCCUCUGCUGGGAGCAGCACUGCAAGCUGCUGCCGGGGGUCCAGGGCAUCCACGCCAGCCAGGUGGCUGCCUGGAGCAUCGACGAGGUCUUUGGGUUCGUCCUCAACCUGACCGGCUGUGAGGACCAGGCUCGCCUCUUCAAGGAUGAGAUGAUCGACGGCGAGGCCUUCCUCCUGCUGACCCAGACGGACAUCGUGAAGAUCAUGAGCAUCAAGCUCGGCCCCGCCCUCAAGAUCUCCAACGCCAUCCUCAUGUUCAAGAGCACCGACGAGGGGCUCAAGUGACCCCGCCCCCCUCGCCGGCUUCACAGGCCAAUCAUCAUGUGCCAAACCCAUCCCAUUGCUGAGAAAACAAAAAACAACGACAACAACCACCGCCUCCACCUCCACCUCCACCCCCACCCCCCCAACCUCCAUC